GUGUAGUGAUAAAGGUAUAACUUUUUGCAUGUUCUGAUAUUCUAAAAUUUUUAAUCCUGUUGUACUGAUUUUGUCAGUAAGCUAAAAUUUACAUCGUUAGAUUACUUAAAUUAAAAAUCAUUCGAGUGAACAACAACACAUUAAACAUGAAUUAAGUAUAUUAACUAUAUUAAAUUAAAUUAUGGUUCCCCUAUAUUACAAAAGUGAGGUUACCUUAACAGGUAGCUGUGUUAUCCUAAUAUGGACUUUGUAAACAAUAGAAAAAACGAAUUUGUUUGUAAAGACAAUAUACAGAUACGAGAAUAAAAAUACUAUAUUAUCACUUAACUGCUUUCAAGAAUCAUGUUUAAUAAUAAUAAAUAUAAGGACAACUAUUUUUAGUAAAUGACAAAUAUUCGUAACUGCCAAACAUGAGUGAAGUGCCAAGUGAUAACAGUGCUCAAACAAACAAUGCCAAAACCGUUGGUUCCGAAAACGAACAAGCUCUCGCGGGUGCUUCUUCGUUAAGUGCUAGUGUUACGUCACUGGAUAAUGUGUCGGUAGCAAGUUCAAAACUUUCUAAAGCGUCUGGAAUAAGACCUCCCAGCAAAAUAGGAAGGUUAUGUGGCAAUCAACACAAACCGUCUCUUCCUACCACGCCGACCAAGAAUUCCAGUACUAUUCUGACGGAAGACACUGACAGUUUUAUAAUUGGACAAAAAGUUUGGGUUUCUGGGACGAAACCUGGGCAUAUUGCUUUUAUUGGUGAAACACAAUUUGCUCCUGGAGAGUGGGCUGGUAUCGCAUUAGAUGAAGCAAUUGGUAAAAAUGAUGGAUCUGUUAAUGGUAUAAGAUAUUUUCAAUGUGAAGCCAAGAAAGGCGUAUUUUCGAGAUUAACUCGACUAACAAAAGAACCUUUAGAAGGUGUUAGCUAUGCUACUACUCCAUCACCAGAAAACGUUAUAAGGAAUUCGAUUUCUCCCACUGGUAGUACUCAUGGUCUUCUAAAAUCUCCCGUAUCUAUAAGUGGAUCAAACAUAAGUCUUAUAUCAUCGGCUUCCCAUGUGAUCGAUUUCAAAAUAGGAGAUCGAGUUAUUAUUAAAAGUAGUCAAGGCUCCAAAGUGGGUACUGUAAGGUAUAUGGGUGCUACUGAAUUUGCAGCUGGAGAAUGGGUUGGAGUAGAGCUAGAUGAUCCUAGGGGUAAAAACGAUGGUUCUGUUAACGGAAAAAGGUAUUUCGAAUGUCGUCCAAAUUUCGGACUGUUCGCACCCAUUACAAAAGUAAGCAAAUCUCCUUCAAAAAUAAAGCCUGGUUCUUGCCAAGUACACGGUGCCGGAUUACCACCUAGCGGUAUAAAGCGUAUGAAUUCUAAAGAAUCUUUAAUGUCGAGUAUGUCAACUACCAGUGCUGCAUCUAACGCCAGAAGGGUAAGACUCGGAUUGGCAUCGUUAAGUCCAAAGAAAACUACUCCUAAGACGAGCAGCACCCCGAUUCCAACAAGGACAGCUCUACAGGAUGUAUUAAAGGAGAAGCAGCAACACAUCGAACAACUUCUGAAGGAGAGGGAAGAGGCAGAUCAUAAACUUAUAAUGGUGGAACAAGAAUAUAAAAAGUAUCGAGACGAACAUGGGAACAAGUUAGAGCAGGACUUUUUAUUAUUAAAUGGGCUUAAAAACGAAAAUACUCAAUUGGCUUCUCAGCUUGAAGAGGAAAAGCGAAAGACUGAAGAUAUUCAAUUUAGAUUAGAAGAAACUGUUAUAUUUAAGGAAGAUUUAGAGACCAAAGAUAAAUCUAAUGUAGCCAAAAUUCAAGAAUUGCAAGAUCAACUUACAGCGGAGAAGCAAAGAAUUGAAGCAUUGGAAGCAGAUACAAAUAAACUAUUUGAAGCCGAAGAAAAUUUGAUUAAAUACAAAGAAGAGUUGGAAACAUUGAGGCAAGAACUGCAAAGUGCUCGUAACAAAGAAGUUAUCUUGGAAGGCAACAGUGCUAGUACUAAUGUGUUAAUCAAAUCUCUGCAAGACGAAGUAGAUCAAUGCAAGCUGGACUUGGUCGAAAAGAACAAUCUAAUAAAUGUACUCAAUAACGAACUCGAAAAAACAAAGAAAGAUUUAACGAAACAACUAGAGGACAGCUUAGUAAAAUACUCACAAUUAGAAAUCGUUAUCAAUAAAAAAGAGGAAGAUUUGGAUAAAAUAAAAAAGGAAAUCGAAGAAAACAGCAAGCUGCUCGAAGAACGAUCGGCAGAAUUAUCCAAAGUUGUGAACGAAAAGUUUACUACCGAAACAAAUCUUGAAAAAGAAUUGGAACGAGUAAACCUAGAAUUAAAUACAAAAGUAAUUGAGUUGAGCAAUCUACAAAAUCAGUUGCAAGACAAAGACACCAGUACAUCUACACUUCAAACAGAUAUUACUAGCCUUGAACAGCUCCUAAAGGAUAAAGAUAUUGAAAAAGAAGAAUUUGUUAAGCAAAACGAUUUAAAUAAAGCCCGUUUAGAAGAACUAACAAAUGCUUUAAAAAUAAAAGAAAAUGAAUGCAAGGAAAAUCAAGAAAACUUUGUUAAACUGAAGAGUGAUUAUGAUGCACUUACUGUGCAGUUAUCGACACUUCAGUCUGAAUUAAAUCGGUCCGCUGAAGACAAAGAUGGGCUUUUACAAUCGAAAAACAAUGAAAUAAACAGACUUAAUGAUACUAUUAAAAAUAAAGAGGAAGAAUGCCUUCAAAUAAAUAGUAAGCAUAAUACACUGCAAGAAAAUCAUGAUAAACUUAUCAGUGAGUUAGAAAUGUUAAAAUCAAAUGUUGUCACAUUAGAGAAACAAAAACAGGACACACAAGAAUCUAAAGAUGUAGAAAUUAACGAAUUAAACACUAAAUUGACUGUACUUCAAAGUGAGCUCUCCCAGCAAUCAAAUUCCUAUAAUGAAUUAAAAACAUCUUUCGACAAAAUACAGCUUGAGUUGCAAAGUUUGCAACUAGCUACCACCGACGCUAAAAAACAAUACGAAUCCGAAGAAAUGAAAGCAAACCUAAAAAUAAAAGAACUUUCCGACAGUCUUUCUACAAAAGAAAGCGACAUUCAGAAUUUAACGAAAGAAAGCGAUGCACAAAAACUAAGUUUAGAAAGUGUUAAAACUGAAUUAGAGAAAACGAAACAAGCACAAGAGCAGAUACUAAACGAGAAAAAUGAGAAAAUCAAAGAUAUGUCUACUGUAAUUCAAAAAAACUCAGCUACUAUAUUAAGCCUACAGUCACAGCUAGAAAUAACAAAAAUCGAUUUGGAAUCAGUAUCGAAUAACUUACAGCAGUACCAAACUAACCUAAGUGACGUAGAAUCUAGCUUGAAGCAGGAAAGAGAUGCAAUAAAGCAACAUUUAAAAGACAAAGUGAAGGAAUUAGAAGACAAUAAAGCUGAAUUUGCGAGUACAUUAGCAGCGCGUGAUUCGCAGCUUGAAGAAAUAUCUACCAACCUAACAAAUAAAGCUCAAGAAAUUGAAAAUCUUAAAAAAGAGAUUGGUACUCUUGUAGAACAGUACGAAUUGAGCAAUAAAGAAGUAGUAGCCUGUCAUACACAAGAAAUUACAGUUAGAGAUGAGAAAAUACGACAACUUGAAAGUGAAAUUUUGGAAAAGGACCAAAAUAUUAAAGUUCAUUUGGAUACAAGUAACGAACAUCAAGAGAAUCUGAAACAGAAAGAUUUGGAUUUAGUAAAAAUAAGAUCUGAGUUGGAAGAAAGUAAAAAAGCUUCUUCAGAGAUGAUUGCAAGUUUAAAGAAUGAAAUUGAAAGCCUCCAGAAUGAUAACAAACAACAGCAAACUACAAACAAUGAAUUAAACAUGAAACUUCAAAGUAGAGAACAAUUAAAUGUGACUAUAAAUUCAGAAAUGGCCAAAGCAGCCGAAAAUAUGACGAAUUUAAUGGAACAAGUAAAACAAAAAGAGGACAUAAUAGCAUCUUUACGGUCAAACUUAAGUUCGAGAGAAAAAGAGUUAGAAGAUGUGCUAGCUACUAAUUUAAAGGUGUUGACACAGAAAAAUGAAACCGAAAGGCAGAUGUUAGUUGACAACGAAAAUUUACGCAACAGUAUCAGUAACAAAAAUAAUGAAUUGCAACAAAUGCAAGACAGAUUAACAGAAAUAUUAUCCGAGAACGAAGAAGUGAUCAAUGAAGUCAACAAUAACGUGUCCAAAAAAUCGGAGGAGCUAGAGACGGUAAAACAACAACUUAAGCAAGCUGAAAUUGAUCACGAAGAUAAGUUGAAGCAAAUCGAAGAAGAACACAAAAAAGAAAUGCACGAUUUCGAAAUCCGUGUCUCAGAUUUGCUAACAGAAAUUGAAAACAGAGACAAAGACAUAUCAGGCUUAUCGCAGCUCUUGGAAACCAGUUAUAAUAAUAAUAAAGAUCAGGACAAUAGAAUUAAUAGUAUCAAUCAAGAAUUGGCUAAAUAUAAAACCCAAAUACAGACUCAAUUAGACACUAAUACAAAACUAAGUGAACAUAUAAGUCGAAUUAGUAAAGAGAACAAGGUUAUACAAGAGAAAUUAAAGGAUGCCGAUAACCAAAUCGAAAUCCUUGCUGCCGAAAAAGAGAAGUUAAGCAACGAAUUAUCUGUUGUGGUUGCAAAUUCGGGAGAUUCUAGUAAAAAAGUAACCGAAUUAACUGCAGUAAUUAAAGAUAAAGAGAGCGCCUAUGAAAUCGAAAACGUGCAAAACAAAAAUAAAAUACAGGAAUUGGAAAGUGCUCUUCAAGCACUUCAAGUGACUAACGAAGAACUUAGCAGUUCAGCUAAAAAGUACAAAAGUGACUUUGACGGUUCUGUGAAAGGAAGUCAAGAACUGGAACAAACGAUAGAGAGUUUUAAAGUUGAAUUAACUAAUAAGGCGACUGAAAUUGAAACUCUACAGAAAAACAUCAAGGCUGCUAAUCUAGCUAUUACUGAGAAGGACGUGCAGCUCAGUAAAUUGAAUAAUGUGUCGACAAAUCGUGUUCAAGAACCUCCGGCCGAUACGAAAACAGAUAUCAGCCAAUUGUUAGAAGAAAAACUGUUUGCGGAGAAUCAAGUGAAUUUCCUCAAUUCUAUUAUAGCUGAUAUGCAAAAAAAGAGCGAAGAACAGAAGGCUAGAAUCGAGAUUUUGGAGAUGGGUUAUAGUUCGUCGGCAGCAGAUGAAUUGGCAUCACUUGGACUUAAAUUGGAUUCCAAACAAGUACCGCCGAGGAUGUAUUGUGAUAUCUGUGAAGAAUUCGAUCUUCACGAAACCGAAGAUUGUCCCACACAAGGAGAUGAUGAUGAGUUAGUAAAUAAUUCUAGUCCAGGGAUGAAACAAAAACCCCCACAAAGAGAUUAUUGUGACGUUUGUGAAGUAUUUGGUCACGCAACUGAGGAUUGUACAGAAGAUCAAGAAUUUUAAUGUAAAUAAAAUUUCAAUUAGUUAAUUGUUUGAAAUAAAGAAAGUAUGUUACA